AUGGCAACAGCUUCGCCAGUCGUAUUAUCACAAUAUGAUCCAACCGGACAAUAUUUUGCAUACGUUUCCACCGCUUUGGAUAAACAGCGGGUAUCAGUGGAGCCAACAACUGCCUCCAAAUCUGGUUUAGUGAACGAUAAUUUUCUCUAUUUGGAGGGGAAAGACGUCUGCUGUACAUGCAUACAAUGGAUUACUUACAAUGACACACCAUUGGUAGUUCUGGGUCUAAACCUAGGGGAAAUAUGGCUAUACUCUCCUUUAUCGAAUGAAAUAGUGGCGAAACUGAACACAGGAUCAAGCUUAGCAGUUUUAGAUUUCCAACUCUUUUCAAGCAAGGACAAGGCCUGGUGUUUGACUGGUGAUGAUACUAUUUUUUUAUUCGACAUGGUAUCACAGAAUGUAUCAAAAAAAUUCAAAAUUGAUGAAUGUAAGGACUUAAAAAAGCUAUGCAUAGUUGAUAGCAAUCGUAUUCUUGUCGCUUCUCAUCAAAUUUACUUAAUCGAUGUCAUUUCAAAGAAAUUGUUGUUACAAUACCCUGGCCAUAUUUCACCUGUGUCUUUCCUUCAAGUGACCACAGAUGGAACAGCAUUUUUGAGUGCAUCUCAGGACGAUAGAUUUUUGAAUAUUUAUGAUUUGGACACUACCAAGACUAAGUCCGUCCUAGUAGCGGACUCGAACGUUAUAUCAAUUUCGAUAUCUGAGGAUUGGUCUCACGUGUCGGCAACAACAGAAGAUGGGGAUAUUGCUAUCUUUGAAGAACCUUUGGUAUCAAUCAAUUCAGGGAAUAAGAGACGUUCUGGUAAGAUAUCCAAACAAAAAAACAAAACUAUAACUUUAUUAAGGUCUAAUUCCGCAACCAGAUUGCCUAUUAUCAAAAGUUUUAUCAACAAAGAUCUAAUUAAUUUUUCGUGGUUAGAAAAUGCAACCACACCUUACUUUGAUCAAGUUCAAUUAGGUAACCUAACGGAUUCAGUCACCACUUUAUCCAAGCCAUUGCCAUCUGCUAAAUCUACACAAACCAGGAACAACCAAAACAGUGAUAUUUCUUCGGCAAAGCUCUACAAAGAGGGUAAUGCAACGGUAACAUCUGGUGAUAACUUUAAGCAUGUGGAAUCCAUUGUCCAAAGUUUAGAUGAUAUAGAAGGAGAAGGGAUUUCAGAAACUUUACAGGAUAGACUAAAUAUAAUUUCACCACCAUCGAGAAAACCAAAGGAAAGGAGAAGAGCCAACGCUGGUACUUCUUCUGUUGUAUUAGCUCAAGCAUUAAAAUCAAAUGAUCAUGCUCUAUUGGAAACAGUCCUUAACACACGCGACGAAAAAGUCAUUCAAGCAACCAUAACCAGGUUAUCCCCCCAACUUGCUACGAUUCUCUUGGAAAGACUCGCUGAACGUAUCGCCAGACAAACUCAUAGACAAGGUGCUUUGAACGUGUGGGUGAAAUGGUGCCUAAUAAUUCACGGGGGUUACUUAGUUACCAUUCCAAAUUUGAUAAAUUCAUUGUCAUCGCUACAUGCUACUUUGAGGAAACGAGCAGAUCUCUUACCAACACUCAUGGCAUUGGAUACACGUAUUACACGUUCAUUAGAUGAAUUGAACAGUAAGAGAGCCGUACAAUACGGCAAGGAUCAACUUGAUUCUGAACUUGUCGCUCCAUAUCAGGAUGACGAGUCGAACCAAAAUGAAGAUGAAGAGGAAGAAGUGGAAUAUAUAGAAGAGCUAGACGAUGCUGGAUUAAUAGACGAUGGUGAAGACAGUGCAGAGUACUCUGAAGAUGAUGACGAACACAGCGAGGCUGAUAAUCAGGAACUUACAUACACUGAAGAAGGAUUUGACGACGAUGACGAAAUGAGGGUCGACGUUGAAGAAGGAUACUCUGACGAAGAAGUUCAGCAUUAG